AUGAGGAAAAAGUUGAACAUUGGGUUCACAACCAGGGCUAAACUCACCAGAUAUCUGGAUGAGGGUGACAUCACACCACGGCAGGUGGAUACAUUCCAUGAAGCUGUGUUAAGUUUCUUAACAAGUGCUGUGGGCUAUGCACUUAGGAAGCUGCCACUGGAAGAGCCAGUGAUCAAACAUUCAAAAUGUGUAGAUGUGCGGCAGAGGGCUGAAAGUGGCAUUGAAGAUGUCCUUUACUUUGUUGAAAGGUUCCCCCAUCUCCUCCCAUACCAUGGGCCAGAGGAGCAUGACCACCUGGGUGAGGAGUUUUUAAACUAUCAGACAAUGCCAACAAUCUCCCUUCAUGAAGAAACGGAUAUGGAAAGCUUCUGGGCUGGAAUGGCAACACGGAAACAUAAGGUAACAGGAGCCAAAGAAUUUCAGAGGCUUGCUGCCGUUGCCAAGCUGGUUCUGGUGUUGCCCCAUUCGAAUGCAGAUGCUGAGAGGGUGUUUUCAGUUGUGGGACUGAAUAAGACAAAAACCAGAAAUAGCCUGGCAUUAGAUGGCACUCUGUCCUCCAUCAUGGCCAUAAAGAUGGCUGACCUGGAGCCCUGCUUCAGAUGGGAGCCCCCCUCAGCGGUCAUCAAGGCCUCCAAGAAGGCCACAGGCCAGUACAACCUUGCCCACAAAUCCUAAAAAAUGACUAACCAAAUUACUUCUGAUCUCCUUCUUAAUACUUCAUUUUUUGUUAUUUUAUUUAUUUGUUGAUCCAUUGUUUUGCUUUAAAGGCUACUGUUUAAGCACUUUAUUUGUUGCACUUUUUAGUUUGAUAAUGAAAAAUAUUUUCUCCUAACUAAACUUGUCAUUUUGUUGCUGAACAUAAAUCAUUAAGUCUAUCCAUUGUCGUAUAAAGUCCGCCCUGACAAUUUGA